CAGCCCUCGCCGCCGCCCCGCUCGGCCACCCCUCCGCCGCCGCCUCUGCCCGCCCUGCCCCGGCCGCUCUCGGAACACAUCACCGAGGAGGAGGUGGAAGGCGAGUGCCUGGACCUCUGCCUGCAGCAGCUCUACAAGUAUAAUUGCCCUUCACUUUUGGCAGCAGCUUUAGCUCGUGCAACGGCAGAUGAAGUACUUCAGAGUGAUCUCUCUGCACACUACUUACCCAAACAUGAGGAUAGCCCAGAUGGGAUCAUACAAGUGGAAACCAUGAAGUUGGCCCGCACAGUGUUCAGCAAGCUUCAUGACGUCUGCAGCAGCUGGGUAAAGGACUUUCCCCCACAAAGAAAUCCUCGCCGUUAUUAUGAAACAUCCAUUCACGCCAUUAAAAACAUGCGCCGCAAGAUGGAGGACAAACAUGUCUGCAUCCCUGACUUCAAUACACUUUUCAACCUUGAGGACCAAGAGGAACAGGCCUUCUUUGCAGUAUAUGAUGGCCACGGAGGGGUGGAUGCCGCCAUCUAUGCUUCUGUCCACCUCCACGUAAACCUGGUGCACCAGGAGAUGUUCCAGCAUGACCCUGCGGAGGCCCUGUGCAAGGCUUUCCGAGUGACAGACGAGCGCUUUGUGCAGAAGGCGGCCAGAGAGAGCUUACGGUGUGGAACCACUGGUGUGGUGACGUUCAUCCGAGGGAACAUGUUGUAUGUGUCAUGGCUGGGUGACUCUCAAGUGAUGCUUGUGAGAAGGGGUCAGGCUGUGGAAUUGAUGAAGCCGCACAAGCCUGAUCGAGAGGAUGAGAAGAAACGCAUUGAGGCCCUUGGAGGCUGUGUGGUCUGGUUCGGGGCUUGGCGAGUCAAUGGGAGUCUGUCUGUCUCCAGAGCUAUUGGUGAUGCAGAACAUAAGCCAUAUAUCUGUGGGGAUGCAGAUUCUGCUUCUGUGGUCCUGGACGGAUCCGAAGACUACCUCAUUUUAGCCUGUGAUGGUUUCUAUGACACCGUGAACCCUGAUGAAGCGGUGAAGGUGGUGGCUGACCACCUGAAGGAGAACAACGGGGACAGCAGCAUGGUGGCACAUAAGUUGGUGGCUUCAGCUCGAGAUGCUGGCUCCAGUGACAAUAUCACUGUCAUCGUGGUCUUUCUCAGGGACAUGAGCGCAGCAGUAAGUGUUAGCGAGGAGUCAGAGUGGACAGAAAACUCUUUCCAAGGCGGGCAGGAGGAUAACGGCGACGACAAAGAAAACCAUGGUGACUGCAAAAGGCAAUGGCCUCAGCACCAGGUCUCGGCCCCCGCAGACCUAGGGUACGAUGGGAGAGUGGAUUCUUUCACGGACAGAACUACCUUGAGUACAGGUUGCAGAAUUGACUUGUUGGAAGACCAAGGGUAUAUAGACUUAAGGAAAACAGAAGCUAGCAAACUUCAGAGUGCCAAACGCCUGUCCCCAGAUCAAGGGUUUAAUGCUGGUGUACCAAAGAGAGCAACCUUGGCUAAUGGUUUAUCAGCAGAGAAUGAGACGCUGCCUGACGCUGCACCUCCUACCUGUGGACCCAGCAGUCUCCCAAGGCAGAUCUCUUUCCUUAGUUUUGGGUCUACGAGCCCGCACGAAUACAACAUGGUGAGUGAGACUCCCAUCUGUGUGAGGCUGGAGGGCGAGCAGUUCAAAUCUUGGGCCCGAAGAGCCUCCAUUUUCUCUCAUUUCCACCUCUGUGAUACCAAGCGGUGGCAGCGGCUGGCCAGACUCAAGCCAAAGCUCCACACACUUCUCUUUGAGCACCGGCCACUUUCCCACCAGGAGUGCUUUGCUCUGCACUCAGCUAGCAGUGUGAACGGCCGCAGGAAUAAGUCACUAAGAAGCCGUUUCUGGCAAGGCUUCUCUAGCUGUUAUCAGAGUCACGAUGAGGGGAUUUUCCUGAGCUACUGUAUAGCAGACCCUGGGCUUCUCUGGAGCUGUAAAAAAUAAUGUGCUCCUCUGUGUUCCCCUCUUCUCUUUCAAUAGUUAGGUUAGACAGUCACAGAAUGAGAAUUAAAAAAAAAAAGAGUGAGCACUUCAGAAUUACUAUUGUGGAAUGCUCCACUCGUGUAAAUAGAUCUAGGAAUUAAACAGUGUUUCAGUCUCAAGAAAUAGCAGCUGGCGUGCCAGUCUCUCUCUCUAAGCAAUGCCACAGACAUACACGUAUCUAAAGCUUCAUUUGCUCAUGGGAACUAGGUACCGUCAUUGACUCACCUGGACUCGAUAGGAAAGCACUACUUACAAGAGCCAGCAAAAGAAAGGUGAAACCUCUUUUGAGUCUGUGGAGCAAUAUUUUCAGAAAGUCCCUGUUUUAAACCUGCCAGUUUUUGUAAGCGAGUUGGGGGAGUGGGCAGGAAGACUUCACUAGUCGGUUGCAAAGGGUUUCCUUUGGGGUUUAGGGUUAACAGAGCAAAAUAUAUAGCCAGUGAGAUGCUUUGCAGGUAUGUUUUUAAAAGCCAUAUGGGGGGUUUAACAGGUAAUCUAGCACUACAUCCUGCCCAUCCCUUGUUAAAUAUCUAAUAAGACUCACCAAGGUAUGAAUUCAAACUUGUGAUCCCCCCCCCCCCGUAACAUUAAAAAUGAAGGCAUACUAAACUUCUCUGUAGGUUUUAAGUGAUUAUUUUCUGUGGCUGGAGUCAAAAUUAUAUUGACAUUUCAAUAGCUUGGGAGGAUUUUUUUUUUGGUGCUUUGUGACAGAUUACUUUUAAACUAAAAAGGUAAUGUUAAAUAAUGUGCAUCUAAAAGUAUCAUAGAGACCAAAUAGUAUCAUGGUCAGUAUUUUCCAAUAACAGCUUCCUACUAAUCCUUUAAAAAAAACCAAAAAACUCUCAGGUGUCAAACCAAUUUAGAGCUAGUCCAGACACAAACACGCUAUGAACUUAUGGAACCAAAAGCUCACUGGUAGUUUUGCUUUCCCAGUUCACUCCAGGCCAUCUAAAGGAAGUAGGAGACAGCAGAAAUGCUGGUGUCGUCUUGGGCUCAGCUGUUGGGGCAUUUCUUGGUGUUUUUUCAGGGGAGACUAGAAUGUGGGGGUGAAGCUCUUAAGGGAUGUCGUAAUGCACCUGGGAGAGAGGAGAUGGUUGAGUGAAUCUGCCGUUGCAGCAGUUGAAAAAUUAAAACUCUGAAAUUACUUGUAGGUGUGGAUUACCUCCUACAUCCUGAUGGGCAAAAGUAUUAACUAAAGGGGGGAAAUGCAAGACAGACAGCAUGUUAGAAAUGGCUUCCUGACCACUAUCUUUUGAUAGACUGAUCCCAACAUAAGGCACGUAAUUUACCCAGUUCUGACUAUUCCGCAUAAAUCCCAAGGGGAGGGUGCUUUAGGCUGAGCCUGACAGUAUUGCUAACUGGUCUAUAAACACCAACAGUUUGCCUGCAGGCUAGAAAUGCAGCCAGUCCAGAGGAAUGUUGUAGUGUUUCAUUGGUUGACUUCCUUGAAGUGACUUAAUGAAAUUGUAGAGGAAAGCUUUUGAGCAAGUUGAAGAUCUCAGAUGUCUUCUGUCUCUGAGGGAGAAAUUUAAGGACCCACUUAGUGUUCCAUUUGUCAUCCUCUGUGAGCCCUUGGUGCCCUGUGUGACCAAUCAAGGCCCCUAGAGGAGCGGCAGAAGAGCAGCCUGUGCAUUGGCAGAGCAUCCCUUCUGCUGCCUUUAAAAUAAAACUUUACAUUAGAGGUUAUGAUUUAAGUCUCUGCUACCUGACAGCUGUUUUCAUACAGUUGAGUUUAGCUUUUUCCCACAGAUGUGUCAAAAAAAAUUUUUUUUUAAUGUAGCCGAUGUCAGACUUCUUUCCUCAGUGCAGGCAUAAUUGAGAAGUUGUAGCCUCAAAGUAUGCUUUUGUGCUAACAAAAAAAAGUGACCCCCCCCCCCAAAAAAAAAAUCUUUGUGGAUUCACACAUGGAUUAUCUGCUGCUCAUCCUGUUGAUCCCUCUAGGAGGGAGGGAAGCUGCCAUCCAUUCUUAGCGUGGCCUGGUACAAGACAGUUACAAACAGCAAGUGUUCAUUCCUUCAUUUCAUUAGUGGUAUAGAAGUAUGUAGGAGCCAUUUGUGAAGCAAACCCUUUUAACCAUGGUAGAAUAUGUACUUAAAAUUAGUUGUUGGUCCAAUAUAUGCUGCUCAACUCUACACACUAGGCAAAAAAAAAAAGCAGUGCUUUGUGACAAGUGUUUUUUCUUCUUAAUGCCACUAGUGAUAGGAAGUAGUUCUCUUCAGUUCAGACUCCUGUGCCCUUAUUUGCUGCUUGCUCUGACGUAAGCAAUAAGUCCCUUUCCUCUUUUUAACUGAAAAUGGUAUCUCACUGUUCUGUAUCUUGUACUUUGAUCCUCUAGCUGGUGAUAAUGUACAAAAAGUAUAGGAAUCUAAUUGUAUUUAUUGUUAAUGUUGAAUGUCUGAAGUGUUUUGUAAAUCUGUGUAUUUCAGUAGUGGUGACAUUUGCGUAACCAAGAACCUUUCCAAUAAAGAGCUGAAGAAUCCCCGGCGUUUACACACAGUCCACAUUAGCUAAUUAAGGUGGGUAGGAAGAUGGCAGAAGGGACAAGGUUAAGUCGUCUACGAUGGCAGGAGAUUCACGGCAGUCCAAAACCUGCUUGAGUUCAUUCACUGUGAGUUUUGUGGGGAUUCCUGCAGCCCCCUCUGAGGUACAACUUCUGAGUUCUACGGCAGGAAAGGGAGCAGCGGAGCAGGAAGCCAUUGAUCUAGCCCAGUUGCACUAAAAUAUUUAUACUUAGAAGUGCCAUCAAUUGUCCUUGUGAGUUUACAACCCUGGGAGGCAUAUUAUUUUCCUCUUCCCCAUCCACGAUCUCUGCAGUUUAGGCAUUGUUCUCCUUCUGUCCUUUCACGUAGGCUGGACCAGAGUUCUGCAGCUCCGUUACUAAACGAUUUUCCAGUUGAACAACAGAACAAGGGAGGAAAGUUGCCUGAUACUUGUAGCUCCUGGCUCAAAAUGACAAGACAGGAGGGAAAAUGGGACACACGCGGGAGUUCUCUUCCUCCCUCUCAAAGGCUGCUUGCAGAACUUUCAGUUUACUGGGAAAGCACUAGUGUGUUUAAGUAUUCUACUGCCAGACAGAGCCACAGUCCUGGAACAUUCUGUUAAGCCAGAAAAACUAUGCAGAGGAAGUUCAGCAUUACACAAUGUGAGAGCUGUACUCCAAGUAGCCCCUUUUGACCUGCCAAAAUGCUGUGGUGGCAGGGGAGAUGAGCGCCUUCUCCCCCAAGAAAUAGCUCACUUUAAAGGCAGACCGAGCCAGGAUGCCAGGGCUUUUGGCUGUGUCUACAAGUUAAGCCUCUCUGCACAUAACCGCUAAAAAAAUCUUGCACCUGUCCAUGCGCAACUCAUGUCUUUAAGGAACCCAAGUUGAUAGAGUGGUUUUUAUUCUUCUGUCACUCUAAAGAGUUUCUGUAGCUACCAGUAUUAACCCUGAUAGUGUCAUGAAAAUACAUCUCAAGGAAGAUUCAACUAAAUGAUAAACACCUAACUAGUUUGUUUUACUUAACCCUCUUGGCUGCUGCAUUUUUUCUUCUAGAUAUAAGGAUGAGUCAAAGACUAGCUAGGUGCAGCGGGAAAUCAGAUUCAGCUUAUUACUAAAACAUUAAAAUGCCAAGUGUAUUAUUGGGCUCCUGUUGAAAGAUACUUAUGCUAUCAUGAAACUAAUGAAGUGGGUCAGUUUACUACAGAAGUGACUUAAUACUACUGUGCUAAGAUCUAUUGGGACAAUUUUUCCUGUAGCUCACAAGUUCAGUUAGAAUGAUGUAUUAGCCAUAUUUUAUUUAUUAAAGCUGUUCACAAAAAGGUAAGGACUAUGUUCAACUUCUACCAAUCUCUUAAUAAAACAGCAACUGUUAAUCUUA